CGCAUCACUUUGAUUCCUGGACAACAUGUUCACUGGUUUGAUUGAACACCUCGGCACUGUGUCGCAUAUCGAUGUUGAUUCUGCAGGAGCGACGCUGAUUAUCUCUGAUUCUGCCGCAAUUCUUGAUGAUUGUCAUAUCGGCGACUCUAUCGCGGUGAAUGGAUGCUGUCUUACAGCGACGGAAUUUGACAAGGCAGAGAGGGGAGGUUGGUUCAAAGUUUGGCUUGCGAACGAGACGCUGGAGCGCAGUGAUCUAGGUGAACGAGUCGUAGGAGAUCAGCUCAAUCUUGAGCGCGCAAUGGGUACCCAUGCACGAUUUGGUGGGCAUUUCGUCCAGGGCCACGUUGACACUACUGCGACCAUCGUUGAGCGCACUCCAGAUGGUGAUUCUAUUCGACUCAAAUUCCAACUCCCUGAACCAACACCUACACGACCAUCUCUUCUGCGUUAUCUUAUAUCCAAGGGUUUCGUGGCAAUCGAUGGCGCAUCGCUGACCCUAACUGAAGUUAACGACUCGGACAGGACGUUUGGUGUGAUGCUCAUUCAACAUACGCAGGAAAAGAUCACUCUGGGGAAGAAACAGUUGGGUGCAAAGGUGAACAUCGAGGUCGACAUGGUGAGCAAAUAUCUUGAGAAGAGCGUUACUGCCGCUCUUGAGGGAGAAGGAGCAGAAGGAGGCUUGGGCAUACGGACCAUGGUCGAGAAAAUCGUGGAAGAGGUCCUCGUCAAGAAAGGAUUGGCAAAGUAGUUAAAUAAAUAAGUUCUGAAAUACGAUUUUAAUUCACGGUUCAUUCGUUGCACAACAAUCUUGUCGAUCCCGUGCUGCGCUCGCGUUCUGACGGCGCGCGAUUUACGCAUCUUUCCUUUCUUCAUCGCCCUCUUGAGCCUUGUAACAAUCCUAUGUCUGUUAUCCCGAGGCCAUAAUUCCGCAUCGAUGUGGUGGCGUUGAGACUAGAUUUGUUCUAGACGCCCGAACGGAAGGCGCUAAAUCUCGCUAAAUUGGCGGA